AUGGACACUUUUCCUAUUUUUUCGUCUAUGGUGCUUGUUUAUUUGUUUAUUCCUAUUUUAGUUAUUCAAGAUCUCGCUUUUAGUGGUAUUUUAGUUUUAAUAUUUCUUAUAUUUUUGGACGAUGAACUUUCUAAGCAAAACAAAACUAUGAAGUCGAAAAUUAAACCAAUUAGUACAUCAAUUUCGACAAUAGACACCAAUGCUACACCUAUUUUGACAAAUAUUUUAUCAGAUCAAAAAUCUACAGAGACAUCCACACAAAUUACGACUGUUGAAACAGAAGAAAACAUUUUUGAGAAUAAUACACCUGACAAUUCCAUUGAAACUAACCUGAACAGUGCUUCUUUGAAUAUAUCACACCUCCACCUACCGAACAAUGACUCUACCAAUGAUAUCACCCUCUGCCAGCUCCAAAACGCUACAGAGGUGUGCGAGAACAACAUUUCGAUUCAAAUAAGUCACUCGACUGAAUCAAUUCAAUCACAUACCACAGAUUCAUCAUUUACCCAUAACACUUCGAAAAUUAAAUAUAACUUGGACAGUAAUAGCUCCAAUAAAACUAGCUCUCAUCAUAUUCCCAAGCACUUAUGGAAUAAAAGACACUUCUUGUUUGAAAAAUUUGAUGACGGAAUUCUCUUGGACUAUGGUGUGAGGGUUAUNAAUAAAACUAGCUCUCAUGAUAUUCCAAAGCACUUAUGGAAUAAAAGACACUUCUUGUUUGAAAAAUUUGAUGACGGAAUUCUCUUGGACUAUGAAUCGUUUUAUUCUGUGUGUCCUGAAAUUUUGAGCAAGCAUAUUGCCAAAAGGUGUGAGGGUUAUAAUUUAGCGAUGGAUCCAUUUUGUGGCGCCGGAGGUAACGUAAUUCAGUUAGCAAUGAAGUAUAAAAAAGUGAUAGCGAUAGACAUUGAUCCGAACAAAUUAGAAUUCGCCAAGAAUAAUGCGGAAAUUUAUGGUGUGAGGGAUAAGAUAGAAUUCAUAGAGGGUGAUUUUUUCACUUUAGCUAAAGACCUAAAGAAAUACAAAGCUGAAGUCAUUGUAACUUCGCCUCCAUGGGGAGGACCGUCGUACAAACGCCAUAAAACAUACAGUUUGGAGAAGAAUAUGUGUAGUGAAUACGAAGGUGGCGGUCGAACGAUCUUCGAUUUGGUCCGAAGUAUUGCUCCCAACGUAGCACUACACAUACCUAAAAGUACUGAUCGAAAUGAAUUGUUCAAAUUAGGAAAAUACUAUAAUAACAACAUAGAAAUACAGAAUAACUUUAUCAAUGGAAAACUGGAUUCCAUCACCACAUUUUUUGGUAAAUUCAAUAACAUGAAUUCAAAACGCAAACAAACUAAUAUAAAACUCUUCAGUCAAAAAAGAGAUCAUAAUUAA